UUUAAAAACACGGAAACGCGUUGUGUGGACCCACAGAGUUCGACAUCAGUUUAGUAAUUUGUUUGACUGGAGUCGAAAAAUAGAUGUAAAGUGUUACAGGAUUGUUCAUAUUUAGCGGUUUGCUGAUUUCUCAACUAUUUGCAACUCUAUGGGAUUUUUUAACUUCUCAAGGUCGAACCGGGAGAGCGAGUGUUGACCGUAGUCGGUUUGUUAUGGCUGAGUGUGCCGUGGCCACAGCAAAAGCAAAUGUUAUGCUGUAUGAUUCGAAGGCUAGUACUUGGAUCCCAAGUGGCCCAGGACAUGGCAUUUCCAAAGUUCAACUAUAUCACAACACGUUAACUAACGCCUAUCGAGUUGUUGGAUGGAGGUUACCAGAUCGUGAGGUUGUUAUUAAUUGUGCCAUUGCACGUGGGUUAAAAUAUCAUCAAGCGCGUCCAACGUUUCAUCAGUGGCGUGAUAGUAGACAACAAGUUUACGGCUUGAAUUUCACAUCAGUUGAAGAAGCAGAUGCAUUUGCUGCCGCUGUUAAAUCAGCUUUAGAAAGUCUAGCUGCACUACAUUGUCAACAGGCUUUACAAGCUCAACAAUGUAAGCCUCCUGUCACUUAUGAUCAGUUGGUAUCAAAUGAAACAACAACAACUACUACUAUUAAUCAAGAUAUGCAACUAAACCAAUAUCAACAAUCAAAAUAUCAAAUACCAAAUCAACAGCUAUCAUCGAAUCAACAAGUAACUAACUAUACCAAUAAUAACAAUCAGGCAUAUUCUGCACAACCUACGGGAAUAUUAGUCCAAAAUCAUCAGAUUUCAUCCUCUGACAUAACUGAACCAACUGAAAGUUACACCGAUCAGAACAAAGCAUUAUCAUCAUCGGCAUUAUCGAAUCAGCAGUCUGAUCGAAACACUUUAUGCAAUGAUUACAAUGAGGCAAUUGUGAACAGUGUAAAUAAUAUUAUUUUAAGUGAUAAUCAGAAUGUCUACCCGGGUUAUACAACAACAUGUAAAACUAAUACCUCUAAUCAUCAGAAUACUGAAAUUCCACGUCUUAAAUCAUCAACGGAACAAAAUGUAUCCGCGAUAAAUGGUUGUUCAAUGAAUGGUAAUACAGAACAUGGUGUAAAUUGUGAUUCGCCGUAUUAUUCAUCUUCAGACGAUAGUGUACGUAAUCUUCGUGGUCUGCCUAAUGGAUCCAAUGAACCUCAUGUGAAUCCAACUUCAUCCGUGACGUUGAACGCUUCCAAUUUUCCCAAUAACAAUGUUAAAUUAUUAGGUGGGAAUUCAGAUGAAUCUUCUGUUAUUACCAGAUCUCUUUCACCAAAUCAAUGUGAGUUUAUAAUUGAAAGCUUAUUUCCAUCACUUCCAAGUUACUAAUAUCAUAUUAUCUAGUCCUUAGCUGUCAUCGACUUACAUUCAUCAUAGUGCAGUAUGAUCGCUAGGGCAUGUAACUCGAUUUGCUGGUGCACUAUGAUUAGAUGUUGGUUGGCUAAGUGUUUAGUUUUAGGCGCCACUUAUCAACAAGACGUUUCUUCAUUUUCAAGUGAAUAAAGCUUCCCAUUUUUACAUCAUUUUCCCUAAGAUUUCAGGGAAUACCGUUUUGAUAUAUUCCAAUCCACAAGAUGUUUGGUUUCAAAACUAACCACAGAUUUACCCAUAUCUUUCAUGCUUCAAUUACCGACCACCCUGCCUUUAACCAAGUGACGUCAGUUGUUGAUAAUCAUAUAUAAAUUUUACAUUUAUGUAACCGUAUUAUUUCACAUGUUAGCGUAAUAUUGCUUGACCCCCUUAUUGUAAUAAAUGUUUAUCUAUUUAAUUUACGUCCUAUUGCAUCCCAUAACCUUACUGACAUUUUAGUGACAAUAACUCAUCAGUUAUUGUAACACUCAUUUCGUUUCGAUUAAAGCUCACAGCAUAAGCGAUAAUCAUGCAGUUUAUUAUUUUCACAUACAUUGCUUUUCCAUUGAGUAGUAACCAAUGUAAUGUUUGUCUAAUCCUUAGUGUAAGUCAAUUUCUAACGUUCAAGUUGCAAUAUGGUUAUCAAUAUAAAUGACUUGAUAUCUCAAGUAACCCUGGACCUAGGUUUCUUGUUAUUUGACAUUUAUGAGCAAGGUGUAGUUGCUAUAUUGAUGUAAAUAAUGCUCACCUUGACUGUGACCCACCUCACCCAGUUUCAUCAUCUGAAGCAUUCUUACCGAACUAUUCGAAGCCUCUUGCAGGACUGGGAUUUUUCAACAAUGACUAACCAUCUAUAUCAUACUUGCUUUAUUGACGAGUCCCAACUAACUCAAAACCUAGGUCCAAAUAUACCUGUCUAAAUAGUUUUUAUAUUUGUAUUCACGUAUAAAUUUAUUUAGACAAAGAUUUAACUAGUAGUAUCAAGUUACCAUGUUGAUUAUUGUAGCACGGUGUAUAAUUUAUAUGUAAUUUCGAAAAAAACUGAAACAAUAAAGCUAUUGGUAUUGGUAAAGUAAGUCAAAAUAAAUGUAUCAUAAUGUAUCAAAUAAUAAACAAAUGUGAAAGCAUAUAACAGAGCUUAUUACCAUUAAAGAACUUUUAUAGCGCACAUCUUAGUUGAUUGCAGAGUUCAUUGAAUAGAAAAGUAUAAGACAAUUUUGCACUUCAGUAUCUUAAAGAAGAUGAAAAGUGAGUGUAUCUGGACCAUAAUGACUAAUUAUUAACAAUGCCACCAAUCCUCCCCAACUAUCAGUUACGAUAAUUGCGAGAAUCCCCACCUGAUAGUCAACAAUAACUAACAUAGCUCAGUUCAAUAUUCAUUGUUUUAAUGAUUUGAUGCUACACCUUGGCUCAGCCACUAUAGCUUUAUUCCUACGUACUGCUACACUAAACAAACUUCGUGCCUCCACGUAGACUAUGGUUAGACAUACGUGACACAUAUCCUAACCACUCCAGUUGAUGAAGAUUUACAACCUCAUUAAACCGGUAUCCCAAUUUUUAUGCUCACUCUGGUGGUCUUAGUAUACGCAAGCGAUGCUUUGAGGGGAUUGAUGAUCAAAUAUUAGUAGUAGUAGUAGUUCAUUAUUCUUUACACACGGUGAUCCUCGUGUUUAAUUGAUCAAUAAUGAAAUAUUCCAGAAUCAAAAUCAUAAAUAACCACAUAUAAUAUGGUCAAGAGUAUUCCCGAAACUCUGCUUCAGUUUAACUUGACACACAAAAUCGCAAAAAAAGGUAAUAUAUUAUACUACACAGAUUAGGGGAACAUAGCGGAAUAGAUAAUCGAUGUCAACCAUUUGACAGGAUAUUGGAUUUCCGUUUAUGUUGGAUACUUCUCAUGAGUAACUGUACAAUAUCCGUUUCAUGAAUUCUGGUGAGACGAUGGUUUUAUGUUUAAAAGGACUUGACUUGGUGGAGAGCUCAACCGUCAUUCUACUCUGUUUGAACAGUCAAAUAGUAUCGUUAUUUCUGACACCUAAAGUGUUUUUGAAGACCAACUACAUAAACCUGGUAAAUACGUUAUGGUGAGUUAAGACUAACUCAUUAAAUAGACGAAUACAUCAACACACGUUCUCACAUUAAACCGUAUAAGUUUUCGCAUUACACAGAAAUAUGAAUAUCGGAAAUAAUAGUUUCUAAUAUUCUUUCUAUGUUUAAAUAUUCUCUUUGAUAUUUAUGUUGAUGAGAUCAUUUGUUAAUGGAUUGUUAUUGUGAUAGGUUUAGCUCAUAUCUGACUGUAAUGAUCAAUAAAUUCCUACGUCUAAAGUCUGUUCGGUUCAAUGGCUAGUUGAUUGACAUGUCCUUCAUGUUACUAUUGAGUUUACUGUAGAGGAGAGUUUACUUUUUACAGUGUAACAGAUAGCUAUAAUGGUUCGAUCCAUAUCGGGUAUGAGACAGCUAUCCACCGCACUCCAUGGAUGAAUGGUUGUGCAAAAUCAUGGAUUAGUUGGAAUUAGACAUUAACACCGUUGAAUUCCCGCUCAGUUGUCUAGAGGUUCAGCACUUGAGCGUGAAACCGAAAAUGCUGAGUUCGAUUCUCCUGUGCGAAGCCGUAGAUGCUCGUUGACUAGAAAUCCCCAUACUAUUACGAAACAGCCUUGCAAUUCUUUCAUGUUGUGAAUGGUGGUCUAGCUAAGAUCAGUUCUUUAUCUCAGCUGUGAAAACACCAUCUCCACAAAUUCCCCAUACUAAAUUUUAUCUUUCUGAUUUUUGUUUACGCAAAACGCGCGACUUUGUUCAUAAUAUUUUUUGUAAACUAACCACUAGAUAAAGCACAAUAUGUGAAGAAAUUCUAGGAAAAUAAAUCUGAGUCUACUUGUUUAUAAAGUUAUGUCGAGUACAUUUAUAAGAAAUAUUUAUGCGUUUUUGGUGGAGUUUUGUUCUCUGAGCUGGAUGGUUUGGUUGUGGAGCUUUCGUCGUUCUUCUGUACAAAGGGGCACCAAUUACAUAUGCACCUAUCCAGGCACUUGAUUUGUGUGUUGGCUGUGAUACUACCUGGGUGCCCAUGUGCACCAUUGGUUUGAAAUCACGGUUUUCCGUCUCCCCUAAGUAGAUCCUCCUUAUCCAUAUGCAUGUAAAAGGGUUAAGGGAACAGUUAGAAGUCAAUUUAGUAGAUGUGUUUGUAAAUGGUGCUAAAGGAUACCAGUUAAUUUCCUUAAAUGCUUACUGUGUCUUCCAAAUUCAACUCGUUCCCUAGUUUUUCACCAAAUUUCUGAAAACCUUUUAUUCACUACUCCUACAUUCUUCCAUAGUCCAAUCAAAUAGGGACAUAAAUAAACUAUGUUUCAUAAUCUCAAAGCCGUCUGCUCAUAGUUAUUCCUCUAUUUAUUUGCAUAAACUAACUUCGAAUAAUAAUUUCCUCUUAUCAUAUUGCUGGCUUUCUAUUUGUUUGUUGUUUGAAAAUUUAACAUACUUAGAAGUGUAGUUAUUGGCUACUGUACAUAACCAAGGUAUGCAACAUCAUUGAAUGUGACUGCAUGCAUAUUAUUACUCAUUAGGUGCUAUUCCACCACUUAAUCUUCACGUUUGUAUUUCAACAUUUUAAUACCAUUUACGAUACAUUUGUCGUCUAUGUUCAACUUUUCAGUUUUAUUAAUUUAUAGUAAGGACUUUUAUUCAUUUCCAUAGGCACUUCAAUUAAUAAUACCAAAUCCCAACAAUUGAUUCCCGCUCCACCACCACCGCCGCCACCACCACCUCCCCGCCUCCUCCACCCCCACCAAUGGCUAAUAUAGCUGGGUCGAAAAAUUGGCAUCAAAAUACCACAACAACAAUAAGUAAUAAACUGUCAGGUUCACAGUCUGCUGCCGAAAAUUCCGAUACUAGUGACCAUGAUAGUGUCGCUGAAUCUGGUAGUUUAGAUGCUCAAUUACGUAUGGCCAGACAGCAACGUAUUCGUGCUGCUUCUGUUGCUGGUCUAGGAUCUUCUGAUUUUGCACCAACCAUUUCUGGCCCACGUACUCAUGGUGUAGAUAUGAUGACUGAUCUUCAACGUGUUUUGGCAGCACGUCGACGUGCUAAGGAAGCUGAAGAGGUUGGUUCAAUUUGAAACUGAUUAUUAUUUAUUAAAUAAAAAUUAACUGUUAAAUAUCAGGGGAUAAUGUUAAAUUCUACUUCUAGGUAUUAUAAAUCGGAUGUUCAUAGUUAUGCUAUUUUUCAAUAGGAUUCUAUGAAGUCAAGAACAUUAUUUGAUAAAUUUUGGUGUAUGUAAUUUUAUUUUCAAUAACAUCCAUUGCCUUAUAAUUAAAAGCUGUAAUUAAAUAGUACAUUUCAGUUAGACUCAAUAUUUAAUCUUUUGUCAUUUUACUAACAUUUUGAAUUAAUAUAACUCCCCUACUAGGUACAAGUUUAUGUUUUGAUGCUAAGUGGUUGAAGUUAGUCGAGAAUAAACACUAGAUCUAGGUUUCCUGUUAGAUGUCACUCGUUAACAAGAUGUACCUGGAAUCUUUAAGGUCCUGAUGCUCCAUAUGGGAUUUGAACUAGCGUCACAAAAACUUACAGUCGAAGAAAAUAUUAAUGAACUGUUCUGACCACAACUAACUAACUGAAGAACUGAGAUUUAUUUACAAAUAGUUGAUCAGUGAUUAGGUAACCAAUGUUAUAUCUGUCUAGUCCUUUAAUAUUGAUCGAAUUCUAUCGACCAAUUUGUACUCAGCUUCAAGUAGCAUUUUUUUUGUUUUAUGAAAACUGAUGAUACUACUGAGCUGCUUAAAUCGAAGUAGAUGAAAUACUGCAGUUCGAAGCUGUUAUCUCGUCAAAAGGUCGCCUCUACCGUUUUAUAGACCUAGGCGAUAUUAUUCCAUUAUGGAAAUACAGUGUUGCAUAAAAUACAAAUUCAUGCACACAUAGACACUUUAACAAAAGUUCACAAUCACAUUUGCUUGUUAAAUGAACUUUAUAGCGUCUGCUGUGUUUAUGGUCUCAGACUGGAAUUUCCGCAUAUACUAUAUACCAAAUAAUUAGAUUUUUCCAGUUUACAUAGUUGGAAUCCCAUCACAACAACACUUGUUUAUUCACUCAUUCAAUUGUUAUUUAUGUGUUGGUUAAAGCGUUAGACAUUCAAUCAGUGGUUCACUGGUUCAACUCUUGCCCUACCUAAUUCAGUUCGGUCAACCGGGUAGUGUGUCACUAGCCUUCACACAUUAAGCGUAACUUAAAGUUGAGUACACGAAUCUGUCCUUGCUAAGUGAAUUACAUCUCCAUUAAUGUGUCCUCACUGUAUUAAUAUCGCUAAUUAGAAUAUUAUCCAUUAAAUUCAAUCGUUCUAUUACUAUUUAUUCUAGUUCCAUUUUAUAAUAAUAAAAGUCAGUCAAAUCAUUAUAUGUAUAUGAUAUUCUCAAACCUUGUUAUAAAUUAUCCUACUUAAAAGUAUAUUGACUUUCCUAUCUCCCGUCUUUUAUGACCUAUACUAAGAAUAACAAAUCAAUAGAUUGUCUCGUCUGAGUUUUGCUCCCAUUCUGCAUUGAUUAAUACUGUUACUGUUAUGGAUAUUAUCAAUAUUAUUAUUAUUACAUCAGCAGACUUAAUCAGACAAUUUUCAUGUAUAUAUUUGGCUGUAUGUGUGUACAGACCUGUCCGGUUUUCUUUUAUUGAUCUGUACAGUUGCAUUGAUUCUCUUUCAGACUUAGUCUAUCAGAAAUUUUCGAUUUGUUUAUACUUUGUAUACAUUACUAUACUUGUCAUACGGUAUAUCCCAGGGACAAAGUGGGAUUUUUAUAUGCUUUGGUGUGUCCAUGUCGGUAGG